AUGGAGAAAUCAGUGCGCAGGAGUUGCUACAAGCCGUGCAAGGUUAUGUCCCUUGUCACCCUGUUGUGCUUCACGUUUCUCUGCUUGGACUACUUGACCUUCAAUGGUGAGAGCCAUGGCUUCUCCUUCAUAAUCAACUUCCAGGGGCAUGUGACCCCCGCAAAGAGGAAGCCAAAUGGAACGCAGAGCCCUGAUGCUCUCCAACUCGCAGCAAACAACGAUGAUCACCUGACUAGUGCUAAGAGCGAUAGCAGUGCAAGCACCUUGGGUUCGGAUAAGCCUGAUGAGCUCGAAAAGAGCCUGAACGGUUUGAAUGAAUCAGAUGCAGAGUCUGCGUCAAGGGGUGAUCAAAAACCUGCAGUGGAUGUCACUGUCCAGGUCUUACGCAAAAGGGAUCGAGAUACAAAGCACCCGAAUAAGGAGAGUGCAGACUCAUGCUCGGGCCGGUACAUCUACAUUUACGACCUCCCGAGUAGAUUCAAUGAGGACAUACUGAAGAAUUGCAAGUCCCUCAUCAAGUGGUUUGACAUGUGCCCGGCAGUGGUCAAUGAAGGUCUAGGACCACGGAUCCAUGAUUCUCGCAGCGUCCUCUCUCAUGGAAACUGGUUCGCAACAAAUCAGUUCUUAUUAGAGGUGAUAUUUCACAACAGGAUGAGGCAGUACGAGUGCUUAACCACCGACUCUUCGCUGGCUUCUGCAGUUUUCGUCCCCUUUUAUGCCGGGCUUGAUGUGGGUCGCCACCUUUGGAAUUUCAGCACGUCGGUUAGGGACUCUCUCGCGCGAGAGCUCGCUAAUUGGCUGGCAGAUAGACCGGAGUGGAAGAAAAUGUGGGGGAGAGAUCAUUUCCUAAUCGGAGGAAGGAUAUCUUGGGAUUUCAGGAGACAAACCGACAAUGGUUCUGACUGGGGAAACAACCUUAUGUUUCAGCCUGAAUCCAAGAACAUGACAAUGCUAUCUAUCGAGUCAAGUUCUUGGAACAAUGACCUCGCCAUACCAUAUCCCACAUAUUUUCAUCCCUCGAGCGAGACUGAGGUCCUUGAAUGGCAAAACAAAGUGAGAAAACACGAGAGGCCACACCUGUUUUCGUUUGCCGGGGCCCCACGACAGAGCCUGGAAGAUUCUAUCCGAAGUGAGCUGAUUAACCAAUGCCAAGAAUCUAAUGGGACGUGCGCAUUGCUGAAAUGUAGCUAUGUUCAGAACAAGUGCAAUGAUCCGGUUGAAGUGAUGAAUGUCUUCAAGAGUUCAGUUUUCUGCUUGCAGCCAUCGGGGGAUUCCUACACUAGGAGGUCAACUUUUGACUCGAUACUGGCGGGGUGUAUUCCGGUUUUCUUCCACCCUGGAUCGGCAUACAUGCAAUACAUUUGGCAUUUACCAAAGAAUUAUUCCAAGUAUUCGGUUUUCAUACCCGAAGACGACGUGAAAUGCGGACACAUAAACAUCAAACAAGUAUUGAGUAGGAUUUCCAGUGAUGCGGUACUCAGUAUGAGAGAGGAGGUUGUACAGCUGAUUCCUAGGAUUGUGUAUGCAGAUCCAAGGUCCAGAGAUCAUAAGUUCCAAGAUGCCUUCGAUACUUCUGUAAAAGGAGUUUUGGAAAGAAUAGAGAGCAUCAAGAGACGAGUUUCUGACGGCAUGGAUCCUAGUCGUGGUUUUUCAGAUUGGAACAGUACAAAGUUCAACAUGCCGGUGACAGCCUAGGAAAAACAACAGGAUCUUUCGGAUUCUGAAAAAGCAAGAAACAUCAUAGACGGGCAGAAGUUGAAUUUGAGAUUUUUUGUCAGUUUUAAGCUUGUGCAGAGGUUUUGUUCAAGAGUAUAUUCUCUCUUCGUCCAGGAUUAA